AUGUUCGAAGAAAUCGUUGUAGAUGAAGAAAUUUUUGUCGAUGUCGAACCGUCUACUCCAAUCGCUUCACUGGCGUCUGAAAAAAGUUGUCUACGACAACGGUCUAUGAAUUUAGAAGUAGAGCAGCGACUGGAGUAUUACAGCACUAUAUCUUUAUCUUUUACGCUCUCGGAUAAUGAACAUUUUUUUGUCUACGCGCUUCGUCUUAAAGGAGAAGAUUAUAAGAAAAUGAAGAAUGAGCAGCGGCUUCUGGUUGAAAUUGAGGACCUUCCAGGAUUCAUCAAAGAUUUUUUAGAGGAAGUGAAGAAGGGAAAAGGAGUAUUCAAGGGGACCAGCAGUGACGGCGAAACGAAGUUCAGGUUGGACAUGGUUAGCAAAUCUAAGGGGUUGAAGCAUUUUGUUUUGUUAUCUUUGGAAAUGGAGAAGUUAGUGGUUUGGAAGCUGGCUCAGUAUUUGGAGGAAAUGAAUGGGAUUUCCAAGAUGACUCGAGGAUACCCAUAUGUAUGUAAAAGCUUGAGCAGGGAAGUUUCAAAAUUGCAAGGCGAUCUUAACAUGUUAAUGUUUAAAUGUUACAAUGUAAUGCGCGAAAGGGACGAGGCUGUUGAGGAGCUUGAGAUCCUAAGAAAAAAAUAUUGUUCCAGACAGGAAGUGUCUUCCAGAAAAGAGGAAGGUAUUAAGGAGAUUGGAAGAGAAGAAAAGAAGUAUGUCCUUGAAGAAGUUGUUUGUGCAACUGCUCGUAUUCUUUUGAAGCGACCUUAG